AGACUUGUUGGUUUUCAUCUACACCCUCAGUUCUCUGGCGAUCAGAAAGCAGAACUUUUCUGCAGACAACAAGAUGAAUGGAGAGGAACUGGCUCUAAAUAAAAUGGGGGACAUAGAGGUUCAGGUUGGUAAAAAUCGUCGCUUGGACAUGAAUCACUAUGCUACUAAGAAAAGUGCUGCUCAGAGUAUGCUGGAUGUUGCUUUGUUGAUGGCCAACUCAUCCCAGCUGAAGACCAUCCUGUAUGUGGGGCCAGGGUACCGGUUCUACAUCCCUCUCAUCGUUCUGCUGGGUCUGUCCAUCACGCUGCAGGUCGUAGUGGGACUGCUGCUCGUCUUUCUGGCAGCGAAGUAUGACCUGAAUGACACACGGAAACAUGCCAAGCUGGAAAGGAUGAACAAUGCAGCCACUGUGUUUGUCUUCUUCACGGUUCUCAUCAACAUCUUCAUCACAGCGCUGGGGUUUCAGAGCCACUCUGUUGGCGCAGCGCCUGCUUUACCCAUACUGCCAGAACUGCCUCCUCUGCCCGUUGACCUGAACAAGACUGGUGCGCUUUAACACAGCACAGGCUUUGUACAUUGCUAUUUAAAAGUUCCCUUUUUAAACACAAAUUCAUGCUGUAUAUAGUCUCAUUUUGGUUAUACCAAUACUUCUGAAUCUUAAUUAAAAUGUAUUUCUUGUU